CGGGAGGCGUGACUAGGGGCUGGAAGCAGGCGGGCCGCGGCGCCGUGGGCCCGGGCUGCCGCUGUCAUGGACGCCUGGGUCCGCUUCAGUGCUCAGAGCCAAGCCCGGGAGCGGCUGUGUAGGGCCGCCCAGUAUGCCUGUUCUCUUCUUGGCCAUGCUUUGCAAAGACACGGGGCCAGUCCCGAGUUACAGAAGCAGAUUCGACAGCUGGAGGGCCAUCUGAGCCUUGGAAGGAAGUUGCUACGCCUGGGGAACUCAGCGGACGCCCUCGAGUCAGCCAAAAGAGCUGUGCACCUCUCAGAUGUUGUCCUGAGAUUCUGCAUCACUGUCAGCCACCUCAAUCGAGCCUUGUACUUUGCCUGUGACAAUGUUCUGUGGGCUGGAAAGUCCGGACUAGCUCCCCGUGUGGACCAGGAAAAGUGGGCGCAGCGUUCAUUCAGGUACUAUUUGUUCUCCCUCAUCAUGAAUCUGAGCCGCGAUGCUUAUGAGAUUCGCCUGUUGAUGGAGCAAGAGACUUCAGCUUAUAGCCGGCGAAUGAAGGUCUCUGGAGUAGGAGUCUCAGGAGGAGUUGAGCCUGGGGGACUUGGGGCACCAGGGCCUCCAGGAGGGUGCCUGCCACAGCUGGUUCUGAAGUUUCGACUCCGAAUCCUGCUACUGGCUCGUGUCCUUCGAGGUCACCCCCCUCUUCUGCUGGACGUGCUCAGAAAUGCGUGUGACCUCUUCAUCCCGCUGGACAAGCUAGGCCUCUGGCGUUGUGGCCCUGGGGUUGUGGGGCUGUGUGGCCUCAUUUCCUCCAUUCUGUCUAUUCUCACCCUAAUCUGUCCCUGGCUAAGACUCAAGCCCUGACACUAUGUACAGGAUAGGGAAGGGAGCCUGAGCUGGUGAGAUGGGAUCUUAGAGUGUCCCUAUAUGCCAGCCUCAUUCCAAGCUGACUCCCUGACUGAAGUUAAGAUCCAGAUACUUAGGGACAAAGGGAAGAGCCUUGCCAAAGACGAGACAAGGUCAGGAAGGUGAUGCUACAUUGCCAGAAUCUUUUUGCUAUCUUCCCUUUAUCUGUCUUGAGUCUGGUUAGGAAUUUGUCACCAUGCGACAGAAUUGUCUUUCUGAAUCCCCUGUCUAGAUUCUGAAGAGGAGAAUUAUUUUUUUGGUAGGGGAGUGUAAGCUUUGGGUGGUAGAGCAUAUUCUUUCUUUUCCAAAGCAGAAUGUAGCAUCGUUUCCUCCUUCACACACCAUAAUUUUCAAGGCUUAAUUUCACGUCCCAACAAGCUCUUUCUUCACAUCUCCCCAGCACAGGCUGUUUGACGAUCCUUCCCGUGUCCACCUCCCCUGACUCCCUCCUGACUUAGCACUGACUCUUCUCUGUCCUCCACGCCUUUCAGCUUCUGCUUACACUUUGAUAUUAGAAUUUCCUCCUCCCCUGGCUCUUGCCCUUUCUUUAGCUCUCCAUACUGAUGCUAUAUCUAGCCUCGUGCUGUAAAUACUGUACAAUGGCUCCGUGUGAAUAACUGUGGUCUGUGCCCACAGUGCAAGCAAGCCUACCGGGACGACAAAUUGAAGAUCAGUUUGCUGACUGACUUAUUUAUUCAGUUUCAAGAUGGGGGUCUCACUAAGUUACCUAGGUUGGCCUGAAACUCUUGACUUCUGCCUCAGACUACUGAGUAGCUAAAAAACAGAUGUGUGCCACUCCAUCCAGCUGUUCAUUGACAUCUGGUCUGGUCUUUUCAUGUUCUGGUCAUUUUCAGCUUUAGUUCCUGUGACUGUGGAUGGGUUUCUGUAGCACUGGCAGCUAAUGCUGUUAGUUACUCUUAGGUUUUUACCCAGAAGCUUAAGUUUGAGGGAAAGUAGGUAGUGGACAUACGAAAGAAGUGAGAUGCUUCUCCCAUUCUUUUUUUUUUUUUUUUUUUUUUAACAAUUUAUUCACUUCAUAUCUUGGUUGUAGGCCCCUCCUCAUCUCCUCCUGGUCCCACCCUUCCUCCCUCUUCUCCUCCCCCCAUCCCACUCCCCUAGUCCAUAGAAAGGGGGCACAGUGCUCCUCUACUGUCUGACCCUAGCCUAUCAAGUCCCAUCAAGACUGCCUUGAUCCUCUUCCUCUUUGGCCUGACAAGGUUGCCCUGCCAGGGGGAUGUGCUCAAAUAGCAGGCAACUGAGUUCAUGUCAGACAGCCUCUGCUCCCUGGUCCUUGAUUGAUGCAUCAGUCUCUGCUGACCCCUUGGCCCGGAUUUGUUGGCUUUGUUGGUCUUCUUUGUGGCACUCCUGUCCCCUCCCUGCCCUCCUAUACCCCACUUCUUCCAUAAGAUGCCCUGUGCUCUGUCCAGCUUUUACCAUUCUUGAGACAUUUAUAGCCUCAAGCUGAAGGAGGGGUGGUCUAAACCAAGACAAUUAUAUUGACACUAAAAAGCACGCCUGUUGAAAAAGGCUCUCUGGGAGCUAUUCAGCACACACACGCAUGAUCAGAACUCAAUGGGCUGGCAAGCACAGUAGGACCACCCUCACACCAGGCACGAAAGUGCCGCUGUCGCCACUGUCAGCUCUUAUUUUGCAUUUGCCAGGUUGAUAGUAAUAAGUUAAAAAAAUGUCUGUAGCCUCUACUUUCUGUUCUAAAAUGGAGUAAAUCAUUGGACAAAUAAACAGUGGAAAAAACA